GUACCCACCUCCCCCCGCACUCUGCACUCCCCCCUGCACUCUGCACUCCCCUCGCGAUUUAUCGCUCUCCCUCCCCCCCUCUCUCUCUCUCUCUCUCUCUCUCUCUAAAGCUUGAAGAAAAUGAAAAAAGGUCUUCUUUGCAACACGACAAUGGACCACGGGAAGAAGAAAAUCCGUUCUCCUUGUUUUUCUAUUUAUUUCUCAAUUUUUCAUUGCGCAAUGGUCGCCUUCUUUGUCAACUUUCGCCAGUCUCUCCUUUGACUCUCUACAUUUGAAUAUUCAUGUCUGAAUCUCUGCAUUUCUCUGCGUCAAUUUUGCUUCAAAUCUGCCCUUGAGGAAAUGAAGUGCUUUCAUUUCACCAAUGGGGAGAGGAGGGAGGACGAGGACGGCGCCUUCUCGAGGGUUUCAAAGGUGUCCUGGGCUCGCUCUCUCAGCGUCGCUUCCAGUAGUGUGGACACCAGGCGCUCCGAGCUCGACUCCAGCUUCAGUGACUACUACUCCGAAUCGGGCGCGUUCCGCCAGUUCCUGACCCAGCGGAGGGCUAAUGAUCUGCGAGUGUUCUCGUUCUCCGACCUGAAAUCGGCGACGAGAGGGUUUAGUCGGGCUUUGAUGAUCGGAGAGGGAGGGUUUGGGUGCGUGUACAGAGGAGUUGUUAAGAGAGUCUCUGCUGCCGCCGUUGAUGACGAGGAUCCCGAUUCGAUGAUGGACGUCGCUAUCAAACAGCUUAAUCGUAACGGAUUCCAGGGGCAUAAGGAGUGGAUUAAUGAAGUAAACUUCUUAGGUGUAGUCAAACACCAAAAUCUUGUCAAAUUAGUAGGAUAUUGUGCUGAUGAUGAUGAAAGAGGGAUUCAACGGCUUUUGGUCUAUGAGCUUAUGUGCAAUAAAAGCUUGGAGGACCAUCUAUUGUCUAGAGUACCAUCACCUCUCCCGUGGAUGUUGAGAUUAAAAAUUGCUCAAGAUGCAGCGCGUGGUUUGGCAUACCUACACGAGGAAAUGGAUUUUCAGCUUAUAUUCCGAGAUUUUAAAACAUCAAACGUUUUGCUAGAUGAGAACUUUAAUGCAAAGCUCUCAGACUUUGGACUGGCUAAGCAAGGACCAAGCGAAGGGCUCAGUCACGUUUCAACAUCUGUUGUUGGUACAGUAGGUUAUGCAGCACCGGAGUACGUUCAGACAGGCAGACUAACUGCAAAGAGUGAUGUUUGGAGCUUUGGUGUGGUUCUGUAUGAACUUAUAACUGGGAGGCGAGCAUUGGAGAGAAACCUACCUCGGAGUGAGCAGAAGCUCUUGGAAUGGGUGAGACCUUAUGCAUCGGACUCAAAGAAAUUCCACCUCAUUGUAGACCCACGACUAGAAGGGCAGUAUUGCAUAAAAGCAGCUCAGAAGCUUGCAUCAUUGGCCAACAAGUGUCUGAUGAAGCAAUCGAAAUAUCGCCCCAAAAUGAGUGAGGUUGUUGACACACUGGGCAGCAUCAUCAGUGAAAUGAUGUCCCAGGAUGAGGACAGUGCUGUCCAACCUGUGAAAGAAGCCGAGGGUGUGAAAGAAGAAAACAUGGAAGAAAUUGAGCCAAGCAGACAAGGAAACAAUUAUCUGAGGCGGGUUUUUGACUUAAGAGAAAUGGUCCGCUUGAGGAACAAAUCUAUUGGGAAAUUAGAUUGGAGAAAUUGGACACCUGGGUUGGUAAGAACUUGGUAAGGCAUUUUUGCUUGUUGGAACAUAGAGAGAAAUGUGUUUGCCCCCCCUCAUUUCUGGCAAUGGCAGAUGAAAUGCAUUUUAUUUUUUUUCCUUUUUAAGCUGGAAAUGAAAAGGGGGGAAAUGAAGGUAGGAAUACACGCCAAUUGCAUUGGGUGGGAAUUUAUUUUGUUUCUCCCUUCACUUUUGUUUGAAUUAAAGCUGUAAAUAUGCAGUGCAUGGAAAGCCACAUUCAUGAUACUUCCCACAUUUUUCUUUAAAUGUACACAACAGUUAAACAGCCUAC